AUGGAACCAGAUGAAGCGGAAACCCCUGCCGAAGAAAGCAAUUUACCUCCACAGGGAACCAUCGAAUGGCUUCAUUACUGGAGUGAAAUCGAAGGUCAUCUGCCCUCACCCAUCAACGUAUCUAUAACUGGUUCGACGCCAUUUAAAUGUCCUGAACUGAAAUGGUACAACUUUGAUAUUUACCCGCACAAAAUCAAAUUGACGAAUACAGGAUAUACACUGCUUCUCUCCGCAAAAUGGACGACAGAGCGCCCGUACUUGGAAGGGGGUCCAUUUUUGGAAAAACACGUGCUCUCUCAAAUCCAUUUCCACUGGGGUGCUAAUAUGAUGGAAGGCAGUGAUCACGCAGUAGACGACAGGAGAUAUCCUGGUGAAAUGCAUGUCUCAUUCUUUCGUUCAGAAUAUUUGACGCAAGAAGAAGCAUUGCAUCAUCAUGAUGGAGUGACCAUGAUUUGCUACAUAAUUAAGUACGGUGUUAGUCCAGACGAAAGACUAAGUUGGGUAUUAGAAGGGAUCAAUCGAGUACAAGAGGCACAAACGAAUACCCGAAUUGGCCCACUACCGAUGUCACGGCUUCUACCAAUGUUCUUCGAAGACUAUUUUCUUUAUUGGGGAACUUUGGAGACGGUGAAGGAUGAAAAAUAUGUGAUCAAGUGGUUGGUGCCAAGAACUACGCUGUUCGCCUCUUUAGAACAGAUGAACGAGUUUCGUCGGCUAUGGGGCCCAUGGGAUGAACCAAACCUGCGAAAUUACAGACCACUUCAAGAACGAGGAGGUAGACACGUCUUCUUCAUCAACCCACAUUGGGCCCAGUACAAUUCAUUGCUGCCUAUAUCAAGAGUACCAGAGCCAUCUAUUUCUGUCCUGUCUCCAGCUUAUAGAAAGAAUUCUUGGAUGCUACCACCACAGAACAGGGCAAAUGAUGCAGAGGGAUUUCAUUUUGAAGCAGGUCUCAAAUCUAGUUCUUCUCGUUGUCUUCAGAAAACUAUUUAG